ACUCUACUUAAACCAAAAACCUCAAAACAUUUCCUAGCUAGUCUCCGACUUAAUUGUUUUGCGAUAUUCUUUUUAAACCUUCAUGUCAAGAGUCAUGGAGGCACUCGCUGUAGGGAGAGUCGUAGGAGAAGUUGUUGACAUAUUCACCCCAAGUGUGAAACUGAUUGUUACCUAUAACGCCAACAAACAAGUAGCUAAUGGCCAUGAACUCAUGCCUUCUGUCCUUACUUCUAAACCUAGAGUUGAGAUUGGUGGUGAAGACAUGAGGACUGCUUAUACCCUUAUCAUGACAGACCCUGAUGCUCCGAGCCCUAGUGAUCCGAACUUAAGAGAGCAUCUCCACUGGAUGGUCACUGACAUUCCUGGUACAACUAAUGUUUCUUUUGGUAAAGAAAUUGUGAGCUAUGAAACUCCAAAACCAGUGGUAGGCAUCCAUCGAUAUGUGUUCAUCCUAUUUAAGCAGAAAGGAAGGCAAACGGUGAAAGCACCGGCUUCAAGAGACUAUUUCAACACCAGGGGGUUCUCAGAAGAGAAUAAAUUAGGCCUUCCUGUGGCUGUUGUCUACUUCAAUGCACAGAGAGAAACUGCUGCAAGAAGAAGAUGAUGAUCGAUUCCAGACCGGAGUUUCAUUUCGUUUCUUUUGCUGUCUUUCACGAUAAUAAAGAGUGUUUCCCAUAGUCAUCUGAUACUCUGUGCGCUGCUUCAUGGAGCUAAGCAUGAAUUGCCACGACAGAAAUACAGCUGCGCCUUUUUAGGGUUUGUUAGAGGUGUUCCCAGAGGAAGUACUGUACUGUACUUUGCGAUGUCUAGCUUUUAUGUAUGUAGGAGACUGUUGCUGCCUCUCUCUCUCCUCUGUUACUUACUAGGUUUUGGGAUAUGUGGAGCCCGCCUGUUUUUAGGGUUCCUUCUAAGGAGGAUCUAUGUUGGUAUUGGACAGGACGCAAUGGUAAUAAUAAUAGCAUUAAGCAUAGUAAAGCUGUUUUAUGCUCCA